AUGGAGAACAGUGGGAAGAUCGUCAUGGGGAGGUAUGAGCUGGGGAGAUUGUUAGGGAAAGGAGCAUUUGGCAAGGUGCACUACGCCAAGAACCUUGAGUCAAACCGAGGUGUCGCCAUAAAGAUUUUGGACAAGGAGAAGGUGCUCAAGGUCGGGCUCGCGGAGCAGGUCAGGCGUGAGAUCACAACCAUGCGGUUGGUAGUGCACAAAAGCAUUGUUCAGCUCCAUGAGGUCAUGGCGACACGAAGCAAGAUCUACUUCGUCAUGGAGUACAUGAAAGGCGGUGAGCUCUUUGACAAGGUCUCCAAGGGUGGCAAGCUCACCGAGGGUGCUGCACAUAAGUACUUCCAGCAGCUCAUCAGUGCAGUGGAUUACUGCCACAGCCGUGGCGUGUAUCACCGGGACUUGAAGCCUGAGAACCUACUGCUUGAUGAGAAUGAAAAUCUGAAGGUUUCUGAUUUUGGGCUGAGUGCACUUUCAGAAUCGAAGAGACAAGAUGGCUUGCUCCACACCACCUGUGGAUCACCUGCUUAUGUGGCUCCAGAGGUGAUCAGCAAGGGAGGCUAUGAUGGUGCAAAAUCAGAUAUCUGGUCUUGCGGUGUCAUCCUGUUUGUUCUUGUUGCUGGUUACCUCCCUUUCCAAGGUCAGAACUUGAUAGAGAUGUACCGGAAGAUUGAGAAAGGCGAUUUCAAGUGCCCUGGCUGGGUUUCCCAAAAACUUCAGAAGCUGUUGUACAAGAUCAUGGACCCUGAUCCGAACAAGAGGAUAUCAAUCCAGAAGAUAAAGGAGUCCACCUGGUUCCGGAAAGGUCCCGGGGAGAACCUUACAGCGAAGGAGAGACUGCCAAGUGAGAAUGCCACCACAGAUGCUGUCCCAACACUUGGUGUGAGGCGCAGGAAGAACAGCCAUGAAGACGGGAAGCCCCUGGCAGUGACAAAUUUAAAUGCCUUUGAAAUCAUCUCUUUCUCCACAGGGUUUGACCUCUCUGGCCUAUUCGUCGAGAAGGAGAGCAAAAAGGAAGCAAGGUUCACUUCAGAACAGCCUGCCUCAGCCAUUGUCUCGAAGCUGGAAGCCGUCGCGAAGACGCUGAAUCUCAGGGUGAGGAAGAAGGAUAAUGGUGUUGUCAAGAUGCAAGUGAGGAAGGAAGGCAGGAAUGGUGUUCUUCAGUUUGACUCGGAGAUCUUUGAGAUCAGCCCCUCGUACCAUCUCAUUGAGAUGAAACAAACAAGCGGCGAUUCACUGGAGUACCAGAAGCUAUUGGAGGAGAGCAUCCGGCCAGCACUGAAGGACAUUUGUCUGGGCAUGGCAUGGAGCUGA